GGGGACGAUGUCGAUGGCAUUGACUGGGUUCUAGAGUGAUAACGAAGAAACUAGGUUGGACUGAUCUACCUCAAGGGUACAUAAAAAAGUCACACGGGGGGUGUUUGUUCUCUCAUCGCUCGAAAACGUUUUCAAGGUGUCACUUCAAUUAUUUCCCUGGGCAAUAACUCGGCGGAUACCUUGUCAUAUCCUUGGUCUGGUCUGGUCUCUGUUCCAGCUGGCUUGUCAACCUAGGAAUAAUAUCUUGUAACUUUGGGUCACUUUUCCGGUUAACGACCAAUCCUCCGUCUACCAAGUUGCAAGGGAAAGGAUAUGAUCCAUCUCGAUCGUAACCGCAAUGAACUAGAUUCAGCAGUUCAAAAUUCAAAUCUAAUCUUACCCGAAGAUCAUUCAGCUUUCUCCUGGGUCACAGACAUAACACAUGACGACGAGCACCACAAUUACUUCGCAAACUCUUUGUCCGACUUAGCUGAUCAUCAUCCCCACCCAGAGGGUAAUCCUACUCCAUCUCCACCUCAUCCAGCUGACGACAAGAGUUCGUCCCUUUCCCCUCCUCCAGAAUACCCUUCCCCUCAAAUUAAACGCAAGUCACCACCACAACAAGAUAAACAUGACCCAGAACCAGACCAAGAAGACGACGGCGAUGGUUCCUAUUCGCGACAGCUAACGCCCCUCACGGACCUAUCAGCAGUUGCAGAUGGUGACGAAAGUUUGGAUUUUGAAAAGAAGGACGGUAGUACAGGCGAAAUAGAGUCAGGGCCUCCAGACCAGAAUGGCGACCUAAUCCCAGACAACAUAGACAAUCGUUGGGCAGAAAAACGCGCUAUCAAUGGUACAAUAUCUCCGGCCCGCUCAAUCCCCAGUUCUCCCGCAAGGCAGCCCAUGGCCAUACCCGUUGCAGGUCCCUCUCAAAGACUUGGCCCAUCCGCUGGUCCUUCUCACUCAAGACGACCGUCAAGGGAAAUGGUUUCGAUCAGUCAACUCCCAUCCCCAAACAUUUCAGCAGCGAAAUUGGCUGACGGCGAACCAAAAGUCGUCCGCAUUUUGGAAAUCAACUCAGAGCUGCUAAAAGUCUGUAUGGAAUUUCAGACACGUGGCGUACCCCCGAAUGACACUCGCUUCUCCCAUUUUGCCAAUCGCAUACAAGUCAACUUGACCUGGCUAGCAGCAGCUGCAGAUCAUAAUCGAUGUAACGAUCCUAGACUCGUAUUGCCCGCAAUGGAUCCUCCUACUCCCGUUGAAUUCGUUUCCAUGGAACGAAUACAUCACCUCUAUGCUGAUUUACCGACCUUAUUUGCAAAGGAACUCGCACGACGGCAGCUCGCUUCUGGCGCUCAAUACUCCCCUACCACAUCCACUGCACUUCUAAAUGGCACAUUAAAGCGCAGCCGACCAGACGACAUGGCAGACCUCAUGAACAAAAGACGCGAUAUGGGUGAGACGAAACCACAAAUCAUGCAACCACCCGCAAUUCCAUCCAUAUCGAUAUCCGGUGCUGGCCAGCGCACAAGCCCAAUAUCCACCUUCCCUCCAGCCAUCCAUCCAAAUAUAGCCCUCGCCAGCACACCUACCAUGCCCCAGAGUCCCCGUGUCUCUAGUCCCAUGCCUCCACCAUUGUCCGCCCCUUCACUACCCUUCGGUGCCACUGAAGCAUCAAUAGCGGCCACAACACGUAAUCGGGCAAGGGAGAUGCAGAUCCAUCAAGCACGAGAGAACCAACUCCGAGCAGCGCAGAUGCAACAAAUGCAAUCCCCGAGGCAGAUUUCCCCUCCUGAUUCCUCCCCACGAAUGCCACAAAAUUCUGCACCGGCCCCACAGCAACAUCCGCAUCCAUAUGGGCCUAAUCCUAAUGCUCCAGCGAUGCAGAUCCUCCAAAAUCCCAGCCAUCCCCUGAUGGUGUAUCUUGUAUCCCAAAUCCCCAAUUUCACCUCUCUGCCAUUGCAUCAACAGUUGCAGAAGCUCACGAAUUUUCAGAAUAUUCUAGCGCAGAAGCAGCAGCAGAAUCCGUCCAAUCAGCAACGACCGCCUAUGCCUGGUCAAAUGCCCGGUUUAGGACAGAAUCCUUCCAUGUCGCCUAUGCCCAACGCCUCUAUGCAAAGCGGCGGUCCAAGCCCAGUAUCUCCCCUUGGCCAGCCAUCACCUGUCUCAUCCCAAGUCCAGCAGAUGAGCGCCCAAUCUCAGCAAAGCGGGAUGUACCCAUUCAGUAAUCAAGGCCACAACGCGCCCAGCGUAGACCCUCGCAUAGCAGCUUCGAAUUUCUCGCAACAAAUGUCCGGCAACAUGGGCACAAUGAACAUGAACCAGCAACGGCAGCUCAUGCUUAUGCAACAAAUGCGGAAUUCCGGCGGGAACAUGAACGCCAUGAACCCGCAACAAGCAUUUGCGAUGCAGCAGCGGAUGCCUCAGGGCGGACCGUCUCAAGUGGGCGGCUCACCAAUGUCGGUCCCUGCAAAUGAUACGUUCCCAGCAUUGCGCUCGAAUUCGACUAUUCCUGGAAUUGCGCGGAGUGGACGCUCGCCUUCUGAAAGUGUGCAUUCUCCCAUGACGCCUCGCGCGCCGUCGAGGCUUUCGUCGCAACCUCCUAUGCAGCCUGAAGAGUACCACCAGAGGGCGAUGACGCAACAGGCACAGCCGGGCAUGAUGGGAACGCCGCAGAACGCCGGUUCUUUCCAUCCGCAAAUGCAGUAUCAUCAGUGGCCGAAUGGCCAACAGCAGCAGCAGCAACAACAACAACAGCAGCAGCAGCAGCAGCAACAGCAACAGCAGCAGCAGCAGCAACAGCAGCAACUGUCGCUUGGAAGCCAAAUGAACGGGUUUGGGAUGAAUCCUCAGGGAGGUGCAGGAACAGGAAACAGUCCAUACGGCGGCUCAAUCUCGCCAUCUGGGCCCAACUGGCAACAGCAGAGCAUGAACGGCUAUUACCCCCAAAGUAAUCAACGUCCACCCAACGUGCCUGGCGUCACCAUGCAACAAAACAUCAGUCCAGUAGGAGGAGACACGGCCAGUACAGGAGAAUACGACAUAUUUAAUUGGAAUGGUCCAUGAAGGCGAUUCUGUUCUGGGGGUCCUAGGACGCUGAUUAUCACUUCGGUAUUAUCUUAUUAUUUGUUUUCGCGGCUUCAAAGCUGUCUUCUCUCGUGCUUUACUUACUACCGCACACACACGUACAUGACUCUCUGCUUACUAUACGUUGCUUUUUUUCGGUUUAUAGUUUUUCCUUUUUUUUUUCUCCUCCCUCCCUGCUCUGCUCAGAUCUGGAGUCGUGUGUCUGUAUUUUGUAGAAUUUUUUUCUAUGAAUUUAGAUCUGAUAAAGGUCUGGGGCAGGGCUGCCGUUUUC